CUUCCGAAGCUUUCUCUAGGUUCGUCUAGGAUCCGUUGAGAGUAGCUGACCAAGCUUGGAUACCACCUGCCUUGCCAAGCCUUCCUUAGUAGUGGAGGAGAAGCAGAUCAGUAUAUAUCUCGGUGCUUCUCAUCUCUACUCUCGACCUUCACUUUACUCUCUUCAUUCCCUUCAUCACGGGUCUCCUUUCCGAUCUUGCAUCCGGCCACUCCUUUUUUUUUUUGUUGAUUUGGGGUUUUUUGUUCUGUACAUACCGAAAAAAACCUUUGACAAACAACACAAACAAAAAAAAAAAGAUGCACGCAUCACUCUCAAGUUGGCUGCUCGCAGCCUCGCUCCUGACGCAGCCCAUCAGCGUCUCGGGCCAGGGCUGCCCCUUUGCAAAGAGAGAUGGGACCGUGGACAGCAGCCUUCCCCAGAAAAGGGCUGAUGCGCCAGAGACGACGACCUUUGGACGAUGCGCGGUGAAGAGCAACCAGGCCGGCGGCGGCACGAGGAGUCACGACUGGUGGCCAUGCCAGCUCCGGCUCGACGUGCUACGUCAGUUCCAGCCGAGCCAGAACCCCCUCGGCGGCGACUUUGACUACGCCGAGGCGUUUCAAUCUCUGGAUUACGAAGCCGUCAAGAAGGAUAUCGCGGCUCUGAUGACAGAGUCGCAAGAUUGGUGGCCUGCCGACUUUGGCAACUACGGUGGUCUGUUUGUCCGUAUGGCGUGGCACAGUGCCGGUACCUACCGGGCCAUGGACGGCCGUGGCGGUGGUGGAAUGGGUCAGCAACGAUUUGCUCCCCUCAACAGCUGGCCCGACAACCAAAACCUGGACAAAGCUAGGCGGCUGAUUUGGCCCAUCAAGCAAAAGUAUGGCAACAAGAUCUCAUGGGCCGACCUGAUGCUCCUUACGGGCAACGUCGCGCUCGAGAACAUGGGCUUCAAGACGCUUGGAUUCGGCGGUGGCAGGGCCGACACGUGGCAGUCGGACGAGGCGGUCUACUGGGGUGCCGAGACCACCUUUGUGCCGCAGGGCAACGACGUCCGCUACAACAACAGCGUCGACAUCAACGCGCGCGCCGACAAGCUCGAGAAGCCGCUGGCCGCCACCCACAUGGGUCUGAUCUACGUCAACCCCGAGGGUCCCAACGGCACGCCUGACCCGGCCGCCUCGGCCAAGGACAUCCGCGAGGCCUUUGGCAGGAUGGGCAUGAACGACACCGAGACUGUGGCUCUGAUUGCCGGCGGUCACGCCUUUGGCAAGACGCAUGGUGCCGUCAAGGGCUCAAAUAUUGGCCCCGCCCCUGAGGCUGCUGACCUUGGCAUGCAGGGUCUCGGAUGGCACAACAGUGUCGGCGACGGCAACGGCCCCAACCAGAUGACGAGCGGUCUGGAGGUUAUCUGGACCAAGACUCCUACCAAAUGGAGCAAUGGUUACCUCGAGUCCCUCAUCAACAACAACUGGACCCUUGUCGAGUCUCCCGCCGGCGCGCAUCAGUGGGAGGCGGUCAACGGCACCGUCGACUACCCUGACCCCUUUGACAAGACCAAGUUCCGCAAGGCUACCAUGUUGACCUCAGACUUGGCGCUGAUCAACGACCCCGAGUACCUCAAGAUCUCGCAGCGCUGGCUCGAGCACCCCGAGGAGCUGGCCGACGCCUUUGCCAAGGCCUGGUUCAAGCUCCUGCACCGUGACCUUGGCCCCACCACCAGGUAUCUCGGCCCCGAGGUUCCCAAGGAGUCCUUCAUCUGGCAGGACCCGCUCCCCGCCCGGGAGGGUGACCUGAUUGACGAUGCCGACGUCGACAAGCUCAAGGCCGCCAUCCUCUCCACCGACGGUCUGGACGUCUCCAAGCUCGCCUCCACCGCCAUGGCCUGCGCCACCACCUACCGCAACUCUGACAAGCGCGGCGGCUGCAACGGAGCCCGCAUCGCCCUCGAGCCCCAGAGGAACUGGGUCUCCAACAACCCCACUCAGCUGUCUGCCGUCCUCGACGCCCUCAAGAAGGUCCAGUCCGACUUUAACGGCAGCAACGGCAACAAGAAGGUCUCGCUGGCCGAUCUGAUCGUGCUCGGUGGCACCGCCGCCGUGGAAAAGGCCGCCAAGGACGCCGGUGUCGACAUCAAGGUCCCCUUCUCUGCGGGCCGUGUCGACGCCACCCAGGAGCAGACCGACGUCACGCAGUUCUCGUACCUCGAGCCCCAGGCCGACGGUUUCCGCAACUACGGCCGUGGCACCGCCCGCGCCCGCACCGAGGAGAUCAUGGUCGACAAGGCCUCGCAGCUGACCCUGACUCCCCCCGAGCUGACCGUCUUGGUUGGUGGCAUGCGCGCUCUGGGCGCCAACUACGACGGCUCCGACGUCGGCGUCUUUACCGCCAACAAGGGCAAGCUGACUCCCGACUUCUUUGUCAACCUGGUCGACAUGAACAUCGCCUGGACCGCCUCGGGCGCCGACGGCGAGAGCUGGGUCGGCACCGACAGGAAGAGCAGGAGCGAAAAGUACAAGGGCUCGCGCGCCGAUCUCGUCUUUGGCUCGCACGCCGAGCUGAGGGCCAUCGCCGAGGUCUACGCCGAGAACGGCAACCAGGAGAAGUUUGUCAAGGACUUUGUCGCCGCCUGGACAAAGGUCAUGAACCUUGACCGCUUCGACCUCAAGGUCAAGAAAUAAUUUUCUCUGAUUACUUACUUUUUCUUUACCUCUUUUUCACUCUUCUUUGGCACAUGAAUCUUUUUUUUCUUGUUUAAACUUCUCUGCUCGUCAAGAGCCCCCCUGCGAGACAAUCGCUGCUAUACCCGAGUUGAUUGCCGGUUUUUUUGUGCAAUCAACCAGCAACCAGCUGAUGUUUGAUCAUUUUUUUGUCAGCUUUUUAAUGCCUUGGUCAUGACAUAUAAUUCUUUUUCUUCUUUUUACCGUUUUAUGGGAGAUAUAGACUAGCAAUAGUCCGAGGAUCUUUUUAGACGUCCUCCUGUUUAUAAACAAACAUGAUUCAUCUAUAA